UAAUGUCAAUAAAUCACAUCUAUGACAUAUUUAUAUUUUUCUGUGUACAAGUCGAAUCGAAAUAGUAAUUCGGAAACAUGUCGCGCCGUCAGCAAGAGAUCCAGCGCAUCGAGCGCGCGGUCAGGGCCAAGCUGCCCUACCGCACCUUUCGCGAUAUCACCUUCGAUAGGGAUCUGAUAAAGGCGAGUAUUGUACCGUUAUCUUUUAUCGAGGCACGCCGAAAUCGUGGUCCGAUCUAUGAGGCGCUGCAGGCGGAGCUGCGCCACGAAGGCUGCAAGAUGAUGCCGGAGUUCGUGCGCUGCCUGGCCGAGAAGGAGGCGGCGUUGUUCGAAUCCAUGAGCAUUCGCGCCCGGAUCAUUGACGAUCGCCCACUGCUGAUCGAGAUGAUCGAGAAGAUGAAGCAGGCCGAGCUGGCAGUGGUCAAGCGCAAGCUGAAGGGUCUCAAGGAGUGCUUCACUCUGUUCUACGAGACCCUCUUGCUGCUAGAGCCAUACCGCUUGAAGUACGAAUACGCCUUGAACGCUGUCAUGGAGCACAUCGUCUCGCUGUGCCACAACAUCGAGGGCCAGGAGCGCGAUGCAGCCGAGAUGAUUGCUCGCAUCUAUCACACCUAUGCCGUGUUCCUAGAGCGCACUGGCCAGCGAGCGAACGCCAUUACCUAUCUGAACGCCACACUGCAGCUGGUCCGCGGACACAUGUGGCUAUCGGAGCCAGAGAAGGGCUCUGCCAGUCCAAUACUCCAUGCCCUGGUGGCCCAGCAACUGGCUCGUCAAUUGCUCAUUCAUGGCCGCCAGACGGCUCGCCAGCGACCCGAAGAGGCCGUGGACAUGGCCCGCCGCGCUACCGUGCUCAUAGCAGAGAUCGGACGACAAAAGAACUUGGACAUAUUCUGUGACACUUUCCUGGACCGCGCCUUCUUUCUGAUGGAGGGCAAUAAGUAUCAUGCCGCGCAGCAGUGCCUCGAGCAGAUCCGACCUGAGCUGACGGCUUGCACCGAGUACAAGUUUGUCAAGCUGAACAUUAAGUUCUAUCUCUAUCUGGGGCAAUGCGCCGAGAAUUUCGAUCACAUAGACAAGGCUAUAUCCAGCUUCAAGAAGGCGCUGCGAUUGUCGCGUCUGUACGAUCACAAGGACCACGAGGCCGAGAUUCUUCUCAACCUGGGCAAGCUCUUUGCCCGGGACACCUCCAAGACGGGCAUCGCCAAGAAGUGCUACAAUCAAGCCAAGAAGAUCUACAUCGACUUCAACGACACCCACAGCAAGAAGACGGCCGUCUUCCUGAUGGGCAAGCUGCUGGCGGACGAGAUCACUCCGCUCUACAUGGCCAUGCUGAAGGCGUCCGGCUCGAGGUACUGCGCCUUCUACAACCUGCGCCAGUGGAAGAAUCGCUGUCGUCCAUUCUGGAAGCAGCUGGGCACCGAGAUCAUCAAGCAGGAGUCGAACAACAUCUACUGCCUGCUCGAGGAGGAGAAUGAGGAUCCCAAGACCGUGACCGACUUCAUUGACCUCGAGAACGAAACAUUCAAGGUCGAGGAAGGUGACAUUUUGUGAUUCGGCACACCGGCUGUAUACAUACAUAUACAUACAUAUAUUCGAGUAUGUACUCUUCAGAAAAAUUGUUGUUGUUUGUUAAGUCAAGCGACAAGUCAGCUCGAGAGCUUGCACUUGGGGCUGCACUCAAAUCUCUCUCUU